AUGGACUUCUACAAGCUCAAGCCAAAAAAUUUGCUACAUUAUUGAACAUACCUGAAGCUGAUUUUAAAGCAAGCUCAGGUUGGGUGGAUAGGUUUAAAAAAAGGAAUGACCUUCGAAAAUUUAAACUUGAAGGAGAAUUUGAAAGUGUGCCCAUAGAAGACCUUGAUAAUCAAAAGCAAAAGUUGGCCAAAUUACUUUUACAAUAUAAUCCCAAAGAUAUUUAUAAUGCUGACGAAACUG